UCUAUUUGCAGCUCAGGUGCAGGCUUGUGCCAUUGCUUGGAAGCUUAUAGCUGUUAAACAAAGCUUCACCUGCAGGUACAAGCUACCAAGUCCACAUAGAAAGUGAAUUAGUACUCACAAAGCCCUGGGAUGUUUCCUGAAGCAGCGAGGGGAGGUUGAGAACAGGUGAGGAGAGGUUGGGGGGCUGCAUCUCUCCAUCAUGGGUCUUUAGCUGCAGGUUAGCACAACAGUUGAAAAUGAAGCUACAACAGACACAGAAGUUACUCCUCACAUAUCAGAAACAACCAUUACAGACCCAACAGAGGCUAUUUUUAUAUCUGAGAGAACAGAAAAGCUCACAUUAAAAUAUGUUCUUGAGCUGCUAGCAAAACAAGCGCUAACCGCGGCUAACGAGCUAAUCGCUGCUAACCUGCUAAUAUGGAUUGGCAUCACAUCUUUCACAAAUAGAAACAGACUGGCAUGGAAGAGGCGUUGGUUCGUGUUGCGAAGCGGUCGGCUGAGCGGGGAGCCAGAUGUCCUGCAGUACUACAAGAACCCGCAGUCCCGCAGACCAAUCAGGACCAUCAACCUGAACCUGUGCGAACAGGUGGACGCUGGCCUGUCCUUCACAAAGAAGGAACUGGAGAGCAGCUACGUUUUCGACCUGAGGACAGAGGAGAGGAUCUGGUACCUGGUGGCUGAAUCCGAAGAGGACAUGAACCGCUGGGUGUCCACCAUCUGCCUGCUCUGUGGCUUCAACCCGACUGAUGACGCUCCAGACAAACCAUCUGUGUCCAGCUCAUCAUCCACAAGUACGACUUCAAGCACCACGAUGGUAACAGGGUCAGUCCCGCCCCCUUACGAUCCAGUGAGAGUGCGAAACUCCAAUCCUGAUGGUCACGCAGAAGAAGACUACCUGUGGUUAUCUCACUGCCAGAGCCACAUCAGGCCACCUUUAGGUUCCUCUACCUCUCUCGAAACGGACUACACCGACAGCCUCUACCCUCCUGCCUCAGCCACCUCCUCCUCGUCUUCCUCUUCUUCUUCUCCUUCCCUCCUUCCCAACGGCACCCUGCUCCCUGCUUCCUCCUCCUCCAGGACAGCCCCUUGGAAAGCAGGUCCUUUCGGCCAGUCUUUGGACACCGGCCUGACCUCUGACCUCCAGAAACGCGCCGAAAGGCUUCGAUGUCACCCAUCUCCUCAUCCCAGGAAGCACUCCCUUGACAUCCACCUGCGACCUGUGGCCAUACCUCUGGAUGAUUUUAGCUCCAACAUGCAUCCAAAUUUACGUGGCUACCAGAUCCCCCGUGCGGCAUCCACCCCUCUACCACGCGUCCCUCGCCGCCCGUCUUCUACCCCCAGCGUGGACUCCCUGACUCAGGCAGAGCUCCACACUUCAACCCCGACUCCUCCUCCUCGGCCGCCGAAGCCACUGAGCAUCGGAGCUCAGGUAGAGAGCUCAGCUUUGGGAACUCUCUCCAGAUCCACCUCGGAGUCAGAGAGAAGAGACGAAUGUGGAGACCAUGUGACUUUGUCAGGACGCACACAAACAGGCUGUGACUCCUUCUUCAUCCCUCGGUCUCUGUCCGACAGAGCGAGCAUGUUCGAGUUCAGUGAGAGCUUCAACAACUACUUUUUUAACAAAGGCAUGGUACCUCUGGGGAGUGUUUGUUCUGAAGAUGACGAUGUGGAUGAAAACUACGUUCCCAUGAGCGCCGCCACCACCGAGCCUCCUAUUGCACCAAGGGUGCAUCCUCAACAUCCUCCCUCUGACUCCUCCAUCCAGCUCCAGGAUGCUAACUACGUCCCCAUGACCCCGCUCACACCUUCCCUCCCCGUUCAUCCAACCCCUGCCACAGGCGACCCAGCAUCCCUGGGGAGGCAGGUUCCUCCGCCCGCCCACAUGGGUUUCCGCAACUCCCCGCUGACUCCCCUCGCUCCCCUUACCCCGCCGCUCCAGAGGAAUAUCGUAAACACUGCCGGGGGAGUGGAGGUCAACGCCAUGCCUCCUCCGAUUCAUCGCAACCUGAAACCACAACGUAGAGGAGUUUCUGUCAGUCAGCCUGUCGAGAGGACGAACAGUCAGACUGCUGGAGAGCCCAAGCACAAAACAAGAGUGAAACCAGCUCCUCUUGAGAUCCCCGUGCAGCAGGACUGGCAGGAAGUCCCGCCCCCUGUCCGCUCGCCCGUCACCCGCACCUUCACUCGAGAUCCUUCUACUCGUCGUACUGCCAGACCAAACUCGGCUCAAAGCUCCUCCCCUUCCUCCGACUCUGACGACCCAGACGACAGCUACGUCGCGAUGACAACAACAUCCAACCUCAGCUUCAGCUCCGGGGACUCGUCUCUGAGGCUCAUGCUGCACCGGGCGUCGGAGGGCGGAGUCAGCAGCCCGAUGCUGUGGCGAGCGAGGGGCAACAAACAGGUGGAGUACCUGGACCUGGACCUCAACACGGGGCGAUCGACACUGACAAGACAGAAACGCAGCACGGCCGAAGGGGAAAGUGCCGACGGCGAGCAGCCCGGAGCAGGCGAGGAGCGCGCCCGCGGCCAGCGUACGCGUGUGGACUACGUGGUGGUGGAUCCCAAAAGGACCAAGGCCCUGAGGAGCACCAGGGAAGCAUGGCAUGAUGGGAGGAUGUCCACAGAGAAAGAGAAGUGUUAGAAAGGAGCACUGAGGUCAUUAGAGGUCAAACACAGAGUAGACUGAUUAGUUUAGUGAUGAAGUGAUGAACUCCUGACUUCCUGUGGUGUUCAUGCUCAGAUGAAUCAUCCACUCGAGUGGGAUUUGUAGACGAUGUUUGAUUGUUUGUAACGGAGAGACUCUGCAGAGACACACUGCUGGUGAAAGUGAUCAUCUUCAACUCCAAGUUCUGAGAUUACAGCUCGUUAUAAACAACAAGCUUCACCUGCUUCUCUUUUAUUCUUGUCUUUUUAUUUUAUACCCAGAAGUUACCGAACAACAACCUCCACUAGUCGCUCUUUGCUUUCAGGACAAGUUGAAGAAAUCCACCAGGAAUGAACCACUCUAUGAAAAGUUAUUUUAAAUCACGUUGUGUCAGUUUUUCAGAGUUUAGACACUCCCGAUGAAUUCACCAGCAGUCAGCUGUAGCUGCUAAACUAAACUAAAAACCUGCUGGAGCUGUGUUACUCCAUGAAUGUUCUUCAGAGAUUAUUUAAAAGAUGCUGUAAAUCAUUAAACAAUCAGAACUAUAGAUAACUUUCGUACGUAGUCAUGCCAGCAGCUCGGUGAGCAGUGAGCGUGUCCAAUCAAAUCUGUCCUCACGAUGGGUGUAACGUUACUGCUGAAUAUUUUCUGUGAUCCUGUGAGAGGAAAUGUGAUUUCUGUGAUGCCACUUCAAAGGUGAAUAAAUAAAUCAACACUUUGAGACACUC